GGCCUAUUAAAUAGUAAUCCCUAAAGGCGUAUUCUACUCUCAUAAACGGCCCCUCAUUGCCACCAUGCCGUCGCCUAACAGCUCCCCCAAGGGCACAUCAUCCACCAAGAAGAAACACGCACCUACUUCCGCUAUUUCGACUUUGGGAAGUACAAUAGCUCUACCGCUGAACACGUUAACCUCGCUUUUGACUCUCCAAAAUGCUGAAGACAGUAAACCGAGGCUUUCAAAACUAUCAUGGCUUCCAGAUAUUGUUGUAUACAAGUCUUCUAUUUUGCCCAUUGUACUAGGUCCGGUCUUGACUGUGACGUUGUUCUCGGCUGGUGUCGCCGCUGCAAGCCUGUGGUGGGAUAAAGAAGUAGGGCUAACGAACAAUGUGGUACCUCUUCUGAGUGUCGUGGUGGGAUUAUUGCUUGUGUUUAGGAACUCAUCAGCUUAUGAGCGUUAUGCCGAGGGUCGCAAGGAUUUUACUUGCCUGAUAUCUACUGCACGCAAUCUUUCACGCAAUAUUUGGGUUGCUGUCUCGCUUCCUUCACCAUCCAAUGGGGCUGCAGAAAUUCAAAUAAGCAGAAAUAAUCUGACGGAGGAGAAAAAGAAGGUGAUAAGACUUGUGGUAGCUUUUGUAAUAGCCACAAAGCAUCAUCUGAGAGGAGAAGAUGGCGUGCAACAUAAUGACCUCAAAGGCCUCCUUCCCACGACCAUGAUGAAUUCCAAAAAUUGGCGAUCUAGUUUCACCCCUCCAAGCUUCGUUUCCACACAGCACCUUUCCAGCUCGCCUAAUGCGUAUGACGACCACGAAAUUGACGAAGAAACUUCUCUAGGUCUGGUCUCUUCAUCGCCCAUCGUGGCACCUGGCCAGUCCGGAUCUUCUAAUCGGUGGAGAACUGCGAAUAACAGUUCUUCGCAUGGCCGAGUCUCUGCAGCAUUAAAAGAAGGGCCUUGCGUAGGAACAGGUCUGAAAAGACGGCCCACGGCUAUAAGAAUAAUCGUGGCUGACCAUGAUGCCAAUGGAAAGAGGUCUGGCUUGUUUUCAGGCAAUCGAGAGGAAAAUGGUAAAGUGGAUGAACGUACGCCAAUGAUCAAAACGCGUGUAAAAUCCGGUCCAUUAAUAUCACUUGGGGAACCAGGAGGAGCGGAGAUAGGCCUCGGAAAAAUGGUUCAAUUGGGGCUUCCCCUUAUUAUAGCACACGAAAUUAGUCGCUCCAUAUUCAAAUUUAGAAGAAUGGGCUGCUUGGAGACUGGUGGCCCUGCUGGUCUGAACUCCCUACAAGCGGCUGUGUCGUCCAUGAUAGAUCAGCUUGGCUCUAUGGAGCGAAUCGUCCAGACUCCACUACCAUACGUCUUUUGCGUCCAUCUCAAACAAGUUGUUUCUCUUUACCUUUUCAUCCUUCCAUUUACCCUUGUGGAUGCAAUGGGCUGGAAGAUGGUAUUCAUCAUGUUUUGCAUCAGCAUGACAUUCAUGGGCGUCGAGGGUAUAGCUGCAAUGAUUGAACAACCUUUUGGGACGGACCCCAGUGACUUGAACUUGGACUUAUACUGUACAGAGUUGCUUUGCGAGUGCGAAGGUCUCAUUGAAUGUCUCUCUGAAGGUGAUGAAGGGGACAUGCCGAUCUAUAGCAGACCUAUUAUUGUAGAUCAAGCCACGGUCGACUUGAGUGCUGACGACAGAGAGGACGAUUGAAACACUUGGGCCAUUUCCCUUUUCUUAUUAUCAGGCUACAAACGCUUUGUUUGUCGAUGACCCAUAUAGAGUAGAAGUGAAUGCUAAGUCCUCCUUCAUCGUUCUCUCUAGCGAGAGGCAAGCGGAUCAAACCGUCGAUAACGCGGAUGGGAUGGGCGAUUGAACGAAAACCGGAUGCCAACUAUGAGUGUGCCAAGAUGAGACUUUCCUUUUCGUGCACAUAUAGCCCG